UCUAUAUAGGAACCAGUAGAGAAAGUAGGGUACCAGUCCAGUUGUUUGUAAAAAGACGCAUAUUAGGACACAUAUUGCAAUGGAAAGUGAAUCAAACAUCUCUCAGGUAGUAUACCUGUUGGUUCAAAUAGAAAUUGGUACUCCAGCAGAAGUGGAUAUCAGGAGACAGGUUAGAGAUAUUGAAGAAACUAUUUACAAUUCAGCUUCAUCGACAGUAGAAUUGCCCUUUUUAAGACAUCCUAAUUUUUUCCGAGUGGCAACUGGAAGUCAAAGGGAGGGUUUCCGAUUUGAAGGGUCCGACGCAGAUUUUCUCUACUGGUGGACCAAUCACAAAGUUAUUUGUCACCCGAAACAAGAAAACCUAUACGACAAGGAAACAUUGAUUAUGAUGGAGUAUUGUGAUGAUAGUCCAGGAUCUGCCCUCCUGAAAGUCAAAAAGUGGUCUGACUGGCGUAUUAUAAGUGAUAGUUAUGUGGCAUUUAAAGAUGGAACCUACAUGUCGAGUUUGAAGUACCGGGAAUCCACCAGAAACCUAGUAGUUAAAAAUUCACAAACACAUGGACCUUGUGCAAGCGGUCAGUUGGGUAAUGGAGUGUAUUUUGACAAUGCUCAUUCACUGAAAUGUGACUUUAUUACACCGAUAGCUUCAUCAUGGAUAAAGCGAUGUCUAGCAAAGGGCUGGCCUGAUUCUACCGUAUUGCAAUAUGCCAGAAAAACAGGCUGUCAUUUUGUUCCCAUUGGUCGUAGAGACUCGCCAGAUCAGGAUUAUGAAUGGCGAAUUUCUUUCAAUCUCGUUGAAUUGGAAUGUGUGAAGUGUAUGAACCAUGUUCAGUUUACCUGCUACGGCUUAUUCAAGAUCUUUCUUAGAAAAGUAAUCAGGCCGUUGAUGGAUGAUAAAGAAAUAUUGUGUUCCUACUUUUUGAAAACUAUUAUGUUUUACAUGAUACAAGAAAACGAAAAAUCAUUUUGGUCUCCAGAAAACUUGAUAAAUUGCUUUUGGACUUGCUUUAAACAUUUAAUAUCUUGUGUAUACAAAGGGAAUUUACCUAACUUUUUUAUUCAAGAAAAUAACAUGUUCCAAGAAUGUCAAGAUUUGAAGAAGCCCUACGCUAUGCCAUUAAGAACAAGAAAGAUCUCAGACGACCCCAUGUUUUACAUAUACCCAACUCAGUUAUAUCAACAGAAACAAUUGAAUUCUUUGGCAAAAACAAAUCAUGGUCCUUCAAGCUCAGAGAAUAUGUUGCAGUAG